CUAUGCUGGCCACUACUUUUCAUUGUCGAUCUCGCCAGGUGCGAGACUUCGAGGAAGAGUUCGCUCCCUGUCAUUGCAUCCUCCCCCACCAUGCCUCCCACCUCGCGCAUCCCACCGCUCUUGCACCCCUACACGCAGCUUCCCCCCGACCAGGGCUGCCUUACCCUCCUCACCGGCGUCCUCGGCGCCAGCACUAACUGGCUUGUUAUCCGCUACAUAUGCGGUGCUCUGGUAAAGGAUGAGGCUAGCCAUGGCGCUGAUGAAGACACGGCCGUGAUACUCGUGAGCUGGCUGCGUGACUGGGACUUCUGGAAGACGGAGAGCCGACGAGCUGGCGGCCUCGAUCUUGCGCGCCUCGCGCAUCAGGGUCGCUUCGUCUUCGUCGACGGCCUCUCAGGCCUCUUCCUCCCCGCCGAUGUCGAAUCGAUAGCGCCAGCAGCGGCGCCAGCAUCGCCGCAAGCCGCAUCGCGCGGGCCCAGGACCAUCACACCCCGCGGCGCACCACAACCGGCGCGUGCCCAGGUAGUCGCGCCUACUACUCCCAGUGCUCCUACGCAGCAGCAGCAAUCGUCGACUCUGCGCCUAAAUUCUCCCACACUCGCGCAUCUCGAAGAGACCCUCCAACGUGCGCAGGCCCAUCUCGACGCUGCCUUGCCCAAGAAAACGCUACUCAUCUUGGACCAGCCGGACGUCCUGCUCGCGGCCGCCGACCCCGCCGUCGCGCCCACUGACCUUGCCGCGUCACUACUGCACCUGCGCGCCGGCGCCCACUCUACUGUCUUGACUCUUUCUGCCGACGCGCCGCUUGUAGCCGCCGCGGCGCCUGAUGUCGUUGCGCCCGUGUCGCGCGCUGCGCACUCGCCGCUCGAGGCUGCGCACGCCGCGUUUCUGAUUGGACAAGCGCAUGUCGCUGAUCUAGUAUUGAGUUUGAGGCUGCUGGAUACUGGCUAUGCGGCGGACGUGAGUGGGGUGUUGAGGAUUACAAGGGGUGAUAACGGGGACGAGGUGCAGGAACGGAGCGGCGAGGACGAUGCAAAAGCCGGUAAAGAGUUGCUGUAUUAUGUUGGCGGAGAUGGCACUGUCAAAGUGUUUGAGAGGGGAGCAGGCACUAGCGGUUGAGCAAGUUGCUUCUACGUACUCCUCCAAUCUGGUUCUAAAAAUUAUCACUGUCAAGUCGCGAGAGGAUGAUUC